GGACAUGGCGCGGUACGACAGAGAGAUGGCUAUUGCACUAUCAGAGGGCCGUGACCCACCUCCACGCCCUGUGCGGGCCACAAUCAACGCUUCCGCCGUAUCUCAUGCCGAAGCAACUCCACCGCCUGAGGAGAAUGUGGUCACUGAAACUACAGAAGAACCGACUAUCUCUCAGGUACCUAGCGAACCAUCCCCGGCCAUUGAACCAGUGGAAAUGUAAGCCCAUUUCUGAUUCACAUCUUCAGCCCGUCUAAUCGUGCCUGAAAAGCAUCCAACGUCAAUGUACCGCUUGCAGCGAAUACGCCGACAGUGAUUUCUCUAUUCAGCUAUCCUGUGGGCAUUCUUACGACGAUGAUUGUCUGAACACAAUGUUUCGAAUGGCCACGGUCGAUGAAUCAGCGUUUCCACCUUCUUGCUGCCAGGCUGCAAUCCCACUCGACUCUGUUCGGCAGCUUUUAGAUGACAGUCUUGUUGAGCGCUUCCAGCGAAAGUCUUUGGAAUUCACCACGACCGACCGGGUGUACUGCUACCGACUCACUUGCUCCACGUUUCUUGGAGGCGCGACUUCCCGUCCCUCGUCAUUACGUUGUCCUCAAUGUCGGGCCGAGACGUGCAGCGCCUGCAAGGAGGAGGCCCAUGAAACCCGACCCUGUUCUUCACAUCUGAAUGAAGCUGUACUCGCAUUAGCGAAGGAGCGUCAGUGGCAGCGAUGCCCUGGUUGUCGUCACCUGGUCGAGCUAGUGCUUGGAUGUUACCACAUGCAAUGCAUAUGUAAGAAGCAAUUUUGUUAUCUAUGUGCAGCCACUUGGAAGGAAUGUUCUUGUCCACAGUUCGCAGAAGAGCGUCUUCUACUAUAGAAGGCGACGUAGGUCCGUGCGUGGUACUGAGAAUAUUGCUACGUGUAUCAUCCACCUGUGAUCUACUGGGGCUUUCGCAAUCGGCCCACACGGAUUGCAGAAAUUCUGUAAAUAUACGGGUGU